AUGCCACUGAUUAAUCCAAGUUCAUUGUCAAGUAAUCGUCUCAAUAUUGCAGGACUUAUCAUCAAUAUUAUCGGGAUUAUAUUCUGUGGAGUAGGAGUUUAUAGUUUUGCAUAUUGGGUCAUCUACAAAAAAAAGGCAGGAAAAGUCACGCUAUACCUUCUUGGAAUCAACUGCGUAACUAUACUUUUUCUGAUCUCCCAGCUUGGCUAUCUGUAUAUAGAAAGCAUACCCAUUCGCAUCAUUCGAAAUUGGCUAUCCAUAUCAGCAUCGCUGGUUAUGGGGUUGAUGGAACUUGAAAUCAUGUGUGUAUUUAUUAUUUUGACCAAUGCCAAUUUCACCAUGUCUUCGAAUUUCACAACUUAUGUGCGAGUGGGCAUCAUUGUUGCACAUCUGGUGGCAGAUUUCACCUUUUUGACCGACCAAAUUUGGUUCAAUAGUGACAUUUUGCCCAACGAUUAUCGAACAAAAUGGGAGCAAAUAGGGCCAGGAAUGAUACUAUCCAUCACAGGAAUAUCUGCCGGUAUUCAAUCCAGUUUUAUCAUCUACAAGGUUCGAAAAUUUUUUAUAACAAGAGAAACCAUUGCAAAGAGUCAGCAACAAUCUAAAGACGCUACUGCACAAGUUCAAGAAAUGAAGAGUCUGUAUUUGCGUGCCAUUAUGCUUCUUGUUCUGGAAAUAGCUGCUUGCUCCACAUACAUCAUAUCCCUAAUUACUACUGCGCCAACACGAGAGAUGCUUUUAUCCAAUCAAGCAGCGCUACGACAGAUAUCGUAUGGAUUUACUGGGGUUCACGUGUAUCUGGAAACACUGCUGUUGUAUGCUGUGGCAAAUCAGGUCAAAAACUCUGCAAAAGCAAACAGGGUUCAAAGCAGCAUGGAUAGCAGAACGCAAAACCCACCAAGUGAUAAAGGCUUGGUAGAUAAAAGUACCAUCGUGUCGACAGAUUUAUAA